CGCGUGUGGCGCCGGGACCGCCGGUGCCGCGCGCCCGCCGCUCCCGGACAUGCGCUAGGCUGGGGCUCCGGCCCCCCGCGGCGGCAUGGCCCGGCCGGUGCAGCUGGCGCCAGGCUCGCUAGCGCUGGUGCUGUGCAGGCUGGAGGAGCCGGAGGCGGCGGCGGCGGCGGGCGCGGAGGAGCCUGGCGGGCGCGCGGUCUUCCGCGCCUUCCGUCGCGCCAACGCGCGCUGCUUCUGGAACUCGCGGCUGGCGCGCGCCGCCUCGCGGCUGACUUUCCAGGGCUGGCUGCGGCGCGGGGUGCUGCUGGUGCACGCGCCUCCCGCCAGCCUGCAGGUGCUGCGCGACGCCUGGUGCCGCCGGGCUCUGUGCCCCCCGCGCGGCUUCCGCAUCCGGGCGGUGGGUGAUGUCUUCCCCGUACAAAUGAAUCCAAUAGCUCAAUCUCAGUUUGUACCUUUGGCUGAAGUUCUUUGCUGUGCUGUGUCUGAUAUGAAUGCUGCCCAGACCGUGGUGACCCAGGAAUCCCUGUUGGAGCAUCUGAAGCAACACUACCCAGGCAUUGCAAUUCCAUCUCAGGAUAUUCUCUAUACCACCUUGGGAACCCUGAUUAAAGAAAGGAAAAUUUAUCACACUGGAGAGGGAUACUUCAUAGUCACUCCUCAGACUUACUUCAUCACAAAUACACCCCCCGACAAAAAUAACAGAGACCUAUCCGAUGAAAGUCAGCGGCCGACUUGCAUUACCUAUCUGGUGGGCGUGGCCAGCUGUGCAGAAUCAGCCAAAGAAAAUGCUGCCCCCAUUUCCCAUUGUCAGUCUUGCAGGUGUUUCCCUGAUCCCUGCGCUCAGGAUGUAGAGGCAACACCGGCGGCUGCAGAAAGGGCUAGAAAUGGCCAGAAAGGUCUUCAGGAAACCAGACCUUUGGUACAGAAUCGAGCAGUUUCAGUGUCUGGGGUUAAUAUCAUCAGUGAAAGCGCCAAACCGUUACCAGACACAAAAGACAGAGAAAAAGGCAAGAAGUUUGGCUUCAGCCUCUUCUGGCGUAGUAUAUCCAGGAAGGAGAAGUCCAGAACAGAACACAGCAGUUUCUCUGCCCAGUUCCCACCAGAAGAAUGGCCUGUUCGAGAUGAAGAUAACUUGGACAAUAUCCCUCGAGACGUCGAACAUGAGAUUAUCAGACGAAUUAAUCCCAUUCUGACCGUUGACAACUUAAUCAAACAUACAGUCUUAAUGGAAAAAUACGAAGAACAGAAACAAUAUAAUAGCCAGGGCACUUCCACUGAUAGGCUGACCAUGAGGCAUAAAUAUCCUUCAAAAGAGGGACUUAGGAAAAGGCGGGGCCGGUGUGGGAAGCCUCGAAGGCGGGGCCAUUCUCAGAGGAAUAGGCACAGAGCGGGGAGCCAGGGAAGCGAGCCUCAGCCAGGAAGCAACAAACUGGAGAAACAUCCCAAGAUCCCUGCUGCACAGUCCAGCCCCAAAAUUAGCCCAAAUGAAGCAGGAGUUCAGACACCACCUGCUGAGAAUUUAUCAGCGCUGGGUUCCCAUUUGAUUUACAAGAAGAGAAUCAGUAAUCCUUUCCAGGGCUUUUCUCACCGAGGGAGUCCAACGACCAAAGUGCACAACAUCCAGACCAGUGAUCUGAAACCCCGUCAGGCUGGACCAAAGGGAAAACCUUUCCAAAGGUCAAGGUCUUUGGAUUCCUCAAGAAUCUUGAGGAGUGAAACCAAGCAGCCUCUUGCUGAACAAUGUGAAGAUAAACCGAUGGCAGAAUCCAUCUGUAUGAGUAACCCGACCGUCAAACCUCUCUGCGAUGACUUCAGAGGUCCCCUCUUAAAUUACGGUCAGUGUAGCGUUUUGCAAAAUGGCGGUGAAUGUUGUUCCUUCCGGGAAAGCAUGUUGAGAUAUGAUGUAUACGGUGGAAAAGACGAGGUAAUCCCUGAAGUCUGGAGGAAAAGUUAUUCUCACUUGGACGCAUUAGGGGAGGCCGAAGAAAUACAGCAUGUCCUGCCAUCACAAGGUUCCUCUUUAGGCCAUGCCUCCCCUGCUUGUAGAUUGGUUGAUAAAACAAUACACCAGUUCCAAAAUCUUGGUCUUUUGGAUUACCCAGUUCAUACGAACUCUUUGAGACAACCUGAGAGUCAAGACAGAGACUUAGAAGAAAUAGCAAUGAGAAAGACAUUUGUCCAGGAAGUGGAGACUGUGGGUCUAGAAGAUGAAGGGCUUUCUGAUGAUAACCAGGCCUUGGAUCAGAAUGAACUAGAUAACGAUGAUGGUGCCUGUAGUUCAUUAUAUCUAGAUGAGGAGGACUUUUCCGAGACCAACGACGUAGGUGAAAUGCUGCCUGACCACGUUCAGUGUUCCUUUGCAGGGAGAAGCAAGUGUAAUCAUUUGGGAAGACAAAAAGUGACUGAGAGAUCUCUGACUGAGUACAGCAGCAAAAUACACAGGUCUGAGCCUCAGGUGCUUAAAGAAAAUGAAUGUUACAAACCCACUGGGUUUUUCACUAACCCGGGUGAAAGCCAAACACCUAAUCUCCCUGCAGAAAGCAGUGGUCUCAUUUCGGGGACUCAGCCCAGUUUUAGCCACGAAGAGGAACACAGCGUUGCUACCUGUGUACAAGAGUCGGCCUCUGCUGAUGGAAGGAUAUUUGGUUACUAUAGCACGAGGAAAGCCGAUUCUGAGACUGAAACCCUGCAACUUAAUCAAGUUGGUGACACAGGAAAGAAACCAGCGAGCUGGAGUCAGAGUGCUCGGAAUCAGGGAAUGAGAAAGCAGUUCACACAAAAGGUAGAACUUUUCAACACUUCCCAUAUGCCAGUGUUGGCUCAGGAUAUCCAACAUGAACACAGUCAUUUGGAAGGAACAGAAAAUCAUAGCAUGGCUGGAGAUAGUGGAAUAGAUUCCCCACGGACACAGAGUCUGGCAUCUAAUAAUUCAGUCGUUUUGGAUGAACUCAAAAGAAGACAGAAUUUUCUGCAGAACUUUGAAGGCACAAAGAGCGGUCAAACACUCACAUCCAAUUCCUUACUACAACUAACUCCAGUCAUAAAUGUUUAAUUCUUAUUUUUCUUUUGGAUGAUUUUUGAUAAAAAUGUACAGAUUAAUAUAGAGUAUUUUAAUCUGCUGAGUAUAGAAGAAUUCUAUAAAGCAAAGCAUAGGUGCUGUUAAUCUCAUUACACAUUUUGUUAUAGUUGCUGGCUCCCUCCCCCCUUUUUUUGAUGUUUUAAAGCUUUUUUUUAAAAGCUUAUCUUACUAUGAAUUUAUUGGGAAUAUAUAGAAUUUUCCUCAAUUAAAAAACCAUAAAAUCCUUGGUCCUUUUCCAAUUAAAUAUAAUUAACUCAAAUUUUCAGACGCUCAUUAGUUUCUCAAAUACAUAGGGUGAUAAUUUA